AUGAAUUUUAAGGUUAUAUCUCUACUCUUAACGUGGAAUUUUAUAUUAAUAUCCGCAAGAAGAGAGUCAUAUGAAGACGAAGAAUCUUCGAAAUCCAGAGAAAUACGUAACAGAGAAAACAAUCGUAACAGAACCACAUUUAAUGGAACUCUUACGGAUUUACCCGAAAGACGCAACUUGAGGCACAGGAACAGUUCAAGAUACCGUGGUGACAGACGUCGCUGGGAACACGAAAUAAGAAGAGAUAGGCGGAAAGGGACUGAUGUUCACUCACUGGAAGAUAGUGUAAACAGAACUAUAGAACCUCACAGUCUAAAGAAAGAUGAUAAAUCACGGAAACCUGAAAAGCACUGGAAUAAAAGUAGUAUGGAGAAAACAUUGAAUUCAGCAAGGAGGCCAGUUAACCAAAGUAAGUCUCAAGAGAGACAACACUUGUCGGUGAGAGAAAACUCAACCAGGUCUAAGCCCAAAACCACGAAUAAAUGGCAAAGUGGUGGUUAUAUACCAUACCCUCAGCCGAGAGAAAGGAAGCCCAACAUUAUUUUAGUUCUGACUGAUGAUCAGGAUGUUGAGUUGGGAAGCUUGAAUUUUAUGCCGAGAACGAUGAAAGCCAUCAGAAGUGCUGGGGCCGAGUUUCGGCAUGCUUAUACAACGACUCCAAUGUGUUGUCCGUCACGGAGUUCUUUACUCACUGGGGUGUACGUUCAUAACCACAACGUGUAUACGAACAAUGACAACUGCUCAUCACCGAUGUGGCAGGCCACACAUGAAACGAACACCUUCGCUACUUAUCUGUCCAACGCUGGCUAUCGUACUGGAUAUUUCGGCAAGUAUCUAAACAAGUAUAACGGUUCGUACAUCCCGCCUGGCUGGCGUGAGUGGGGAGGACUUAUUAUGAACUCAAAAUACUAUAACUACAGCAUCAAUAUGAACGGCAAGAAGAUCAAGCAUGGAGACGAUUAUCAAAGGGAUUACUAUCCGGAUUUGAUAGCCAACGAUUCAAUAGCUUUUCUACGCUCCUCCAAACGUCGAUUCUCCCGCAAACCAGUGCUGCUAGUCAUGUCAUUCCCGGCGCCACACGGUCCUGAGGACUCCGCGCCGCAAUAUUCGCAUCUCUUCUUUAAUGUUACUACACAUCAUACACCGACUUACGACUUGGCUCCAAAUCCAGACAAGCAAUGGAUACUGCGAGUGACGGAUAAGAUGAAGCCAAUCCAUCGUCAGUUUACCGACUUGCUGAUGACUAAACGAUUGCAAACGCUCCAGAGUGUUGAUAUGGCUGUUGAACGUGUUUAUCAAGAGUUGAAGUCGUUAGGUGAAUUAGAUAACACAUACCUGGUAUACACGUCUGACCAUGGAUACCAUUUGGGACAAUUCGGAUUAGUCAAAGGAAAGAGCUUCCCCUUUGAGUUCGAUAUCAGAGUACCCUUCCUGGUGAGAGGACCUGGUGUGGAACCUGGCACUGUUGUGGACGAUAUAGUCCUGAACAUCGAUUUAGCGCCGACGUUCCUAGACAUGGGUGGUGUGGAGCCACCAGCUCAUAUGGACGGCCGCUCUUUGUUACCUCUGCUACAACCAAGGCGGAGAAGACAUGCGACUACGCACUGGCCUGAUACGUUCCUUGUUGAAAGUUCUGGCCGCCGAGAAAUGAUGGGUCUAGGCCACCGUUCUCGAGAGAAUAAAUAUAGCCGUGAAAUGAACGAGAACAGAGCGACGACUUUACCCCCUCAGUCAUCCGAGAGCGGGGACUUUGAAGAAGACACCGAUGACGACGAUUUCCUAGAACCUGACGAUGAUGAUGAUAACGAUGAAAGCACAGAGAGCGAUCCCAGUGAAAGUAUAAAAAAAUCCUCCGAGCCACUGAUAACAAAUGAGAGUCAUAAUCCCCUUCUUGAAGCGAGCAUCGAAAAAGUGCUUAAUGGUGAAGAGCAGCCCAACUUUUUAGCACCAGCGAAUCAGUUCUUUGGCCAAGUAGGCGACUACAGUAUAGAAAGCAAGGCAGCUCGUAUCGCGGCUGACUGUUCCAAGGCUGAACUGCGUGCGCCAUGUUCAGCGGGAAGAAAAUGGAAAUGUGUUCUGGUCAACGGGCGAUGGCGAAGGCAUAAGUGUAGAUAUGAGUCUUAUCUUUCUGUUUUACAGACUGAUUCGAUUACAGGACAAUCUAAAAUGAGCACAAAGAAAUGUGCUUGCUUCACACCUAGUGGGCUUGUUUAUACACGACUUGAGACUGAUGGAACUAUAGCCAGGCGACCCGGAGAACUUGUUAAAGAAAAUGCCACUCGCAGUCGCAGGUCUAUAGACAAUGAUGUGUAUGAACCUAAUACAGUCGACAGUAUUCUGAAGGAAAACCCAAGUAUAGGGCACUUGAGUUUUAGAAACGAACCUAUCGAUGAACAAGAAAAUAUGGAUACAAGGGAUAAAAUAGACAAACUUAUAACAGAAACUAAAGCCUUUCUAGAAGCUUAUGAACGUACCAAAGAAAACAUAGAUCAUAAAAGAACGAAACGUAGGGCUCAGCACAACUGGAAUCAUAACAAACAUAAAAAAAAAGAUGCCAUCAUAAAUAACAAUGAAUCAUCCUUAGAAUGUAAGAUAGAAAAAGAUGGAACUGUAAACUGUUCACAGAUUAUUUACAACGAUCUUAAAGCUUGGCAUACUAACAGGUUGAGUUUAGAAGACCAAAUAAGACAAUUAAAGACUAAGUUAGAAGAUUUAAAGGAAAUAAAGAGACAUUUGAAAACGGCCAAGCCUGUUACUGAAAUUCAAACAGUUCAUCCUGCUGUCAUCGAUAAUCAUCUUUUUAAUAAGAACGUGACACAUGAACGUAGUAGCUCAAAGGAACAUUCACGAAAAACAAGCAGAUUGCAUAGAAUUAAACCAAAACAUAGAAACAGUACCAGUCAAGAGAAAAAGUUCAGACAGUCGAAUGAGUAUGUAGUGCCUAUUCAUACAAAAACGAAAGACGAUGUAUUUGGUAUACAAACGAAGAAUGACACUACUACCAAAACUCCUACAACAUUUCCCCAUAACAUAACUAAUGAGGUCGGUACAGCUAUAAACGAUACCAAUUACAAGACGGAACUCCCAAACUCUCAGAUCACUACUACCAUUGUAGACGCCAACUAUUUCGUUAAAAGUAGUGUAGAAGAUACUAAAAGUACUUUAUUAACUACUGAUACAGAAAUUACAACUGAAUUCACUAAAUAUUUAGAUGUAACUACCAAACAUUCAGCCGAAGCAAUCUCCAGUGACGGAGAUUACUUCGCUCAAAAAGUGAACGUCUUCAAUUCUGCAAUAGAUGAAAUUUUGUCAACUGAGAAAUCUUCGACAUCACAUCACACAUCUACUUCGAUCGGUAGUAGUACAAUUACCAGCGUACUAAGUACUUCUACCAUUAAACCAACUACGUUCAAACACACCACAAUCACAGAAUUAAAUCUUGGUCCAGCGCGGCUGGAUGCUUCAGAAUAUGAACAGAGAAACCCAAAUAAAGCAACUUCUAAAACGAUGGGUAUUUUUGACAAACCCGUUGACGUGUUCCAGAAACGCUUGCAUCCACUUUUUAUAGAGAACGAAGAUAAGCACGUCUGCUAUUGUGAAGAAAACAGAAAAUCAAAAGGACCUGGGCAUAGCUAUUUGGAAGCAGCACAAAAGGCUAGAGAAGAGCAAAGAAAAAGGAAAGCCCAAUUACUUCAAAAGAAGUUAAGAAAGGCCAGAAAGAGGGCCGAACUGGAAAAGCUAUGCGAGUCAGAACGCAUGAACUGCUAUCGUCAUGACAAUGACCACUGGCGCACAGCACCUUUCUGGACAGCGGGCCCUUUCUGUUUCUGUAUGAGUACCUCUAAUAACACGUACAACUGCGUCCGAACUAUCAAUGCGACGCACAAUCUUCUCUACUGCGAAUUUAUCACAGGAUUAGUGACUUAUUACAACUUGAGGAUCGAUCCUUUUGAAACUCAAAACAGAGUGAAGUAUCUAACACCAGCCGAGAAAGAUUACUUCCACAAUCAGUUGCAACAGCUGCUCAGCUGUAGAGGUCCUUCAUGUAGAAGGUUCUCACAUUCUAACCCUCUCGGUGGUAGUGAGGAAGUUGUGAGUCGACGUUUUGAAGAUCACGUGUAUAGAGGCGAAAACGUGGGAUAUAACGAAAGGGCAUGGCGGUGGAACUACGGGCGACGCUACGCGAGAGCCCGUGAGCUUCACAAGCGUAGGCACAUGACACCCUACUAG